CUGAGUAUAAAGAAAACUCCGCCAAGCCACAAAGUUCCUGCUCAGACCCCCAAGUUCCUCUUUGUGCAAUGGACGGCCGCCUAGAGACUGAUUUGUAUCCUAUGGGAUCGAGUUACACAGAGUUAGACGUUGUCCAUGAUAUUGCUGUGGGAACAAAGAGAGGCUCUGACGAACUUUUCUCCUGUGUUUCCAACGGGCCAUAUAUCAUGAGUUCAGCAGCCAAUGGCAAUGACAGCAAGAAGUUCAAAGGUGACAUCAGAAGUCCGGGUGUUCCAUCACGCGUCAUUCAUGUUCGCAAGCUCCCCAGUGACAUCAACGAAGCUGAGGUCAUUUCUCUUGGACUUCCCUUCGGCAAAGUCACCAACCUGCUCAUGCUGAAAGGAAAGAACCAGGCGUUCCUUGAGAUGAAUACAGAGGAAGCAGCCCAGACUAUGGUCAGCUAUUACUCCUCAGUCACACCAGUGAUCAGGAAUCAUCCCAUCUUUAUGCAGUACUCCAACCACAAGGAGCUGAAAACCGACAACUCGCCAAACCAAGUGAGAGCACAGGCAGCACUGCAGGCCGUAAACGCAGUCCAGACCGGUGGCAUGUCAUUAGGUGGUGUAGAAGCAGGCGGUGUGGGCGGGCCUAGCCCUGUCCUCAGAGUCGUAGUGGAGAACCUCUUCUACCCAGUCACCCUGGAUGUUCUGCACCAGAUCUUUUCCAAGUUUGGCACUGUUUUGAAAGUGAUUACUUUUACUAAGAACAACCAAUUUCAAGCUCUUCUGCAGUUUGCUGAUGGUUUAACUGCUCAGCAUGCAAAGCUGGCUCUGGAUGGACAGAACAUCUACAACGCAUGCUGCACUUUGCGCAUCAGUUUUUCCAAGCUGACCAGUUUGAAUGUCAAGUACAACAACGACAAGAGCCGGGACUACACACGGCCUGACCUGCCCUCGGGAGACGGCCAGCCUUCUCUUGAACACCACGGCAUGGCGUUUGCUACUCCUGGAAUCAUUUCUGCCUCUCCGUAUGCAGGUGCCCAUGCCUUCCCUCCGGCUUUUGCCAUUCAGCAGGCUGCAGGCUUAACCAUGCCAGGUGUUCAUGGAGCUCUGGCCUCCUUGGCCAUUCCCAGUGCGGCGGCUGCUGCCGCGGCAGGCAGGCUGGGUUUCCCUACUUUACCCGCUGGACACUGUGUCAUGCUGGUCAGCAACCUGAAUCCUGAGAGAGUUACGCCCCAAUGCCUCUUUAUUCUUUUCGGUGUAUAUGGCGAUGUUAUACGAGUAAAAAUUAUGUUCAACAAAAAAGAGAAUGCCCUUAUCCAAAUGUCUGAUGGCACUCAGGCUCAGCUAGCGAUGAGCCACUUAAACGGACAGAAGCUGUAUGGACGAGCUCUGCGCAUCACUUUAUCCAAACACACGACCGUUCAGCUCCCUCGUGAGGGACAUGAGGAUCAGGGCCUCACUAAAGAUUACAGUAACUCUCCUCUCCAUCGUUUUAAGAAGCCUGGCUCCAAAAACUACUCCAACAUUUUUCCACCCUCCUCAACUUUGCACCUCUCCAACAUUCCCCCUUCAGUGGUUGAAGAUGAUCUCAAGAUGCUUUUUGGCAGCUCUGCUGCGGUGGUCAAGAACUUCAAGUUCUUUCAGAAAGACCGCAAGAUGGCUCUGAUCCAGAUGGGUUCAGUUGAGGAAGCGAUCGAGUCCCUCAUCGAGUUCCACAACCACGAUCUUGGUGAGAACCACCAUCUUAGGGUGUCCUUCUCCAAGUCCACUAUUUAAUCAGGAGAAAAGUGACUGCAGCUGGAAUAAGUCAUUUAAAGACAACCAAUAAAAGAUGAAGACUUCUCUGAAGCCUCAACCACAAAACUUCCAUCAUUCCACUAUUGUAUUUAUAAGUAAUAUUUAGUGGUUCCUAUGUAAUGUUUUAAUGUUUUAUGCCUGUGAGGAUGAUUGUAUAUCUGUAAUCACACCCUCUUAAGCCUUUUUAAAAGUUUCUGAAGAUAAUUUUUUUUGAACCCUUGCCUUGAAAGUGCUGCUCUGAAUUUUCCAGAAGUACUUCUUGUGCCUUACAUUUAUCUUAUGGCUAAGUGCUUUUUUUUUUUUUUCCAUAUCCUAUAUAAACGUUGCUGUCUGAUGUGACACCUAUGUUAAAGACUUUAGUUUACAAUCCACUUGUGUAUCCUCCUGUAGUGAAUUGGAGUUAGUUUCAUCCGGCUCUGGGGUUUUAGUUCUUUUGAUAAAUCACCACCUGAAGGCCAGUUCCUUUCAGCUUCUACAUUCCCAGUAGCUUGGAGUCUUAUCACAUACUGUAACGAUAGACAGACUGUUUACAUACCUUUUUUAUUAUUUUUUUUUUUUAUUUAACGCAACAGUUAGAGUACAAAUCAUAUUGUAAGUAUGUUUGUGUUUUGAAGCUCUUGGCCUUUUGGUCAGUGGCUCCCUUAUUUCUUUUUCUUCUUCUCCUAUACAAUUUGUAUGUUUCAUAGACCUUAAGUAUUGCCUUAAUGUAUCACAAGGCAUUGUUUUGUAAUUAUUCUAUUGUAAUGCCUGAUAUAUUUGGUGUAUUCUUCAACUUUUUUUUGUAUGUACACUACAGCUUGAAACCAAAGCCUUUAUUCAGCUUUCAGUCAUGAGACUAAUGUAUUCCUCCCUGUUAGAAUUGGACAGAUAGAACUAGAGAAAUGUGGCUUGUGUUUAAAAAAAAAAACAAACGGUAUAUAUAUUUUUUGGACUUGUUGCUUUUAGGGUUUGAUUUGGUUAUUCUUCUUUUCCUGCUGUAAGUCAGCACUUUCCUCUUUCUACUGUCUUUUUUUGGUUUUUCUCCUGUUCUGCAAUCCUUCUCAAUCACAUGCCUUUCGACAGGGACACAGUCUUCUGUUUCUUUUUAAAUAGAUCUUUUUGUAUACAAUCGAGUAUACAUGCUUUGGGGGUUUCUUUUUGAAACAGGAUAAGAAUAUUUUAGACUGUGCAUGGGACCAGCAUUAUUACUUUCCACAAUGAAGACCUCAACCCUGCGCAUUCCACCAUGCACAUGUUCCUACUCUUUAUAUUUUUACAGUGAAAACAGCGUGUGAGCGGCUGCUGUGUUUUACAGGACCAUAUAAUCAUUUCUCUUAAAAAAAUAAAAUAAAUAAAUGGAAAAAACAAGCAGGUCAUAUUUACCUGCACAGCGUUGACCUUUAAACGUUUUUUAAUGGUUUUACUUUAGAUGAGGUGUAAAUACUAUUUUUAUACCACAAUGUUUAGAGCAAAGGUUUUUAUAUCUAAAAGCGAAUGUAUAUUUUGAUUACAGUGGACCAUGAGCAAGCAAAAAAAUUGGGUUUUAUUAAAACAAAGAUUUAGAAUUCUACAACCUUUACCAAAUUCUAAUGUUUCUUUAACAGUCCUUCAGAUGGAGGUUGUACUUUUCUAUUUAUCUUGAAUAAACAUUUGUUUACUGGAA